CGUAGUUUUUCGGUCCAAAUGGACCAAAUCUGUUGUUAUUCAUUUUUUCUAUAGUCGAAGACUUCGUCACUUCAAAGUUCAAAGAAUUAAAAAUUUUAAGUUUUAUACUUAUAGUUAUAAGAUUUACGGUUUACUGGUGAAAUUUGUGUACGCUUUUUUGUUUAUAGUCAUCAAACAUGCUCCGCUCCAUCUGACUUCUUGGAAGAGCAACCCAAAAUAGUUUUGCCGUCCAGUGUGCACCUCUUAAAGUACGUGCCAGAACGUUUUGGUAUCUUGGAAUGGCGCCUCCCAGCGGAACGACGGCGAACCGCCGUGGACGCCCAGCAAAAAUUGCGACUUCAAGCAUCAACCCGAUUGAUAUUGCUGCUCAGACAACAGAUGAUACAGCGAGCAACAACGGACGUCCGAAGCGGACGCGAGCGAUGAAAAAUCAGCAGACUGCGGGAACCAGACAAGAUGUUGUCGUUUCCCAGCCCGUUCCUGCUCCGACCAAGAAACGGGGUAGACCACCAGCGACCAAAACGAUAGGGAACGGAGCCAGUCAGGACAGUAACGGCACGGGAAGCAGUGUGACUGUGGGUUCACAUCCGGGAGCCAGCCAGAGCGAUGAUGACAGUGGCAGUAAUGCACCGAAGAAACGGGUUCGCACUGCAAAAUCAGCUAAAACGAACGGUAUCGGUGCAUCCCAGCCUGCUGCAAUGGUUCACACUUCUGCUGCUCCAUCGCAAUCCACCGUAGCUUCUUCGAAGAAUGUCAAACCUGAUCCAGACGACGACGAUGAUGAUCAGAAGCCGACCAGUUCAAAGCCGAUGAAGCAGAUGACGAUCAAAGGACGGGCUCCUGUCGAUGAAUUGUUCCAGAAUCGGGACAGUGUUCAUGUUUACUGCGAAGGCGACGAUGUGUGGGAUGUCGCUCUCAAUCAGACAUCCAUCGACAAUAACAACAAUAAGUUCUACAUGAUCCAACUGUUAGAACAUGAUCAUCGGAAGGAAUACUUUGUCUUCAACCACUGGGGCCGCGUUGGAUUAGCCGGACAGUCCAGUUCGGCUAGUUAUGCAGCUAAUCUCGAAAGUGCCAAGCAGGAUUUCAAGAAAAAGUUCAAAGAUAAAACUAAGAAUGAUUGGGAGGACCGUGCUGAAUUUGUGAAGGUCCCGGGCAAAUACGAUCUGGUUUUACGGGACUACAAUGCAAAGGAUGAACCAGCCGGGCGGGAUGCUCCUGAUACAAUUACCCGGAAUAUGGCCGACUACAAAGUUCCGGAUUCAAAGCUAGAUGAACGCGUGCAGGUUGUGGUCAAGACCAUUUUCAACAUUCGGAUGAUGGAGCAGACGGUCAAAGAAAUGAAAUACGAUGCGAAAAAAGCCCCACUUGGUCGUCUAACGGAAGCCCAAGUUAAAUCUGGAUAUUUGUGCCUGAAGAAGCUUGAGGAGUUGAUUACGAAGGGACAUAGUUUUUCCAGACAGAUCAACGAGGCUUCGAGCGAGUAUUAUACCAAAAUUCCACAUGAUUUCGGAAUGCAUCGACCACCACCUAUCACAAGUUUGGAUGCAGUGAAGCAAGAACUGGCGUUGUUGGAAACGUUAGGUGAUAUUGAAAUUGCUAUGCGCGCUCUGGAGAAAGGGCGUGAUAGUGUUGGUCCACCUGAAAACCCCAUGGACAUUCACUACCGCACAUUGAAAACCGACAUUAAAGCUAUGGAUCGAGAUGCCGAAAUGUUUUCCACAAUUCAAGAGUAUUUACUGCGCACUCAUGGACCGUCGCAUUCCGAAUAUCAGCUGCAACUCUUAGAUGUGUUCGAGCUACAGAAAGAUUCUCAGUUCACGGAUGUCGGCAAUCGAAUGCUGCUCUGGCACGGAUCUCGACUGUCCAAUUUCGUAGGAAUUUUAUCACAAGGUCUGCGCAUUGCGCCUCCUGAAGCGCCCGUUACUGGCUACAUGUUCGGAAAAGGCAUUUAUUUCGCCGAUGUUUCAUCCAAAAGCGCUAAUUACUGUUACGCCCAGCAAAGCGACUCUGUGGGAUUUAUGCUCCUCUGCGAAGUAGCGCUGGGGCAGUCGCGAGAGCUUCGUGAUGCCGAUUACAGUGCUGAUCAACUACCAACAGGAUUUUCCAGUACGAAGGGUGUUGGUUCCUACGUCCCGGAUCAGUCAACAUAUCGCACCGUGGAUAAUAUGGUGGUACCAGUUGGAAAAUGUGUGGAUCAUGCUAGCGCCAAAGCUCGCUUUAGCUCGCUUGCUCUGCAGUAUAAUGAGUACAUUGUCUACAAUGUGAACCAGGUUCGGAUGCGGUAUUUGGUUCAAGUAAAAUUCAACUACAAAAGAAGGCGAUAAUGAGGAAACUAAAAACUUUCUGGUUGGAGUGAUCUUGCAAUUUGGCAUUGUUGCAUUGAAAAUUGUGGACAAUAAUAUUGUGAAAUGCAAUGUAGCGACUGUGUUUUGCUUUCGGCGCCACUUAUCCAAACUGAAUUGUUCCUUUUUAUUUCGUUGAGUGGUUUAUUGUAAAUUCGUGCUUAUGUCAAUGAUUUUUAGAAUAGUGAUGGUCAAAUCCAUUUCCGUUUGGGAAUGUUUUGUUGUUGAUUUCCUGUACAAUACUUAUUGUACCGUA